AUGAUUUUGAAGUCGAUUCCCAGUAGGUACAUGACAAUCUUCCAUCGCGGCUUCGCAUAGGCUAUUGCAUCAGGGCUACCUAUCUAGGGCUGUCGGAUGGCCGACAAUCUGUCCUCCUUGACAGUCCUUGCGUGACUCCUUGAAACCUUGAAGCAAUGAAGGCCUUCCACGAGUUCCUUGUUGAAUCAGAGCACAAUCCCCCCCCUCGUUCCUGAGCUCACACGUGAUAUAAGGUAUGUGACUUAGCUUGGCGCCCAUCCAACUUCAGCGGAAAGCUAUCUCAAGAGGGCAGGGCAGAACCUUCCCUCUGUUCGACGCCCAACCACAUGGCGACCACUCAGCGUGGCGAGAAGUCUUCCAAGAUCUCCAAGAUGAAAGUCAGGGUGCUGAGCGAGGAACUUUUGAAGCCCAAGACGCCUGCGGACCACCCUAAGCUUCUGGAGCUCUCCGUGAUCGAUCAGGUUCAGCCCCGCUUCCAUGGGCCACCGAUGCUUGCGUUUUUGGGACCGAUGCCUGAUGCACUGCCAUUUGAAGAGUUUGUGCAAAGAAGCAAAGAAGCAUGGGCAAGAACACUGGUGGCAUACUACCCUCUGGCUGGAAGGCUGGUGAGACAAAAGGAAGGGUGCCUCGCCAUCGACUGCAACGACGCGGGCAUUCUCGUGCGCGCUGCCGAGGCGGACUGCCCACUGCCGCAGGAGAUGGUGACGGGGACGAGCAUGGCUGGCUCCGACAAACUGUUUUUCACAGAGCGGGGAGAGGACAUCACUACAGUCCCACUGCUAUUGAUACAGUUCACGCGGUUCCAGGACAACUCGUUGUGCAUGUACUUCGGGUUUCAUCACACUGUUUCCGACGGGGCCAGCAGCAGCCUUGCUGCCUACUAUUGGAUAGAGCUGUUUAAGGGGAAGGAGCCGCCCUUCGUCCCAGUCCAUGAUCGUUCCCUACUGAAGGCGUCAGGCGAGCCGGUCCCAAGCAAGACGCACGCCGUGCUCGGGUUGGCGCCCACGUUUCCCAUUCCCAAGGUGGUGAAAAUAAUGCUGGGCAGCCCCCGGUUGAAGAGAGUGAUCCCGUACCUGCCCAAGCGGAUGAUCCUGCCGGACGUGCCCCUCCACCGGCUGUUCUUCUCCAAAGGAAAGCUCGAGGCGCUGAAAAAGGACGCGUGCGAGGGCCUCCCAGCGGGACGCUUCGUGUCUACCAACGACGCCUUGACCGCUCUGCUGUGGCGGAGCAUCAGCGCCGCACGGGGGCUGCACAAGAUUCCUGAGCAGAAAACGCGGCUGGCGUUCGCGGCCGAUGGGCGCUCGAAAACGGAGCCGCCUUUGCCGGAGGAGUACUUUGGAGGGGCAAACAUCACGACGCUCUCGGAUGCAACUGCGGCGGACCUCCAGAACCAACCCUUGUCGUGGAGCGCGAGCAAAGUGCGCGACUCGGUGUCGCGCGUCGACGCCGGCUACGUCAGGAACGUGGUGGACUGGAUCGCCGAGCAGCCGAACAAGGCCGCGCUAGGUUUGAACAUCAACGCGCAUUUGGGGCCGGAUCUCCUCGUGUCGAUUUUAACCAAGUUUCCUAUCGAUUUGAUGGACCUUGGUUGGGGGAACGCUCUCGCCGUCGCGCCGGGAAAGUAUCACAUCCCCUUCGACGGCCUGGUCGUUCUCGUUGGGUCCCGGGGGGGGGUCUGCGCGUUUGUGAGUCUGCUCGCGGGACACAUGAAGAAGCUGAUGAAGCACGAGCCGCUCUUGAAGUACGUCGGUUGAGGCUUGGUGACGCCAGGAGGAAAAGUCAGGGUGAAAAUUGGAUGUCAGGGCGUGCGCGUGCCCAAAACGAUAUAUGAUUUUUUGAGACUUACAAAGUAGUACCGAGUACGUAGACAGGGAUUGAGAUGCGGCACUGGUACGGUUGCUGGGAUAUAAUUGCUGAACGUUGUUGUGUAAUUAGACAGAUUGUGCAUGUGGCUCGCACGAACCUGCUGCAAGUGAUAGUAGUAGACAGUACGAUGUUCAAACUGCCCGCAUUACCGGAAAGCCGGACGAGUAUACGAGUCAGUUAUAAAGAUAAACUUGCUUCUUGUGGUAGCGCAGCGCAUACCGCAAAUUUUGGACUGUAAGGUAAGACCUAGGACAGUCACUCAUUGGCGUAGAAGCCAUGGUUUGCGAUUGCGUUGCAGCGUGCACGGCUGAGUUGGUUUUGGUAGGACCUAAGACAGUCACUUGCGUUAAAAGUAGUGGAUUGGCGCUGCGUCGCAGCGUAUCAGUACCGACAUACUCUGGUCUGUAAGUACGUAGCACCUAGGGCAGUCCGACUUGCGUUGCGACAAUGGAUUGCGUUUGCACUACAAUGAAGAAGAAUGGCCAUCUGGGCCCGGCGCUAGACGCCACGUCCA